CUCUUUGCAUAUGCAACGAGCGCCAGCCCGGGCUGCGCGUCCCGGACUGCGGCUCAACAGACGCUGCUCGGCCGGCGCCAGCGGAACGUCGCUGCGGUUGUGGCUGCGGCCGCGGGCUCGGACGAGGAGGCGGCGGCAGACUGGGAGGCUGAGCCGGCGGCGGGAGGUCGUCCCGGUCUCGCAGGGCAGCCCCGGCAGCUGCGUCAGGGUCCCGAGGAGGAGGCGCUGAGUGGGAGCCGCUCCGGAGAGCAGCCAGGCCUGCGUGGGUCGGAGCCCGUGGGUCUUACUGUUUACUCCAAGCUGGCCUUGAACUUGCUGUGAGGCUCAGGUUGGCCUUGAACUUGAGAUCCAUCUCCCUUAGCCUCCUGAGUGGCAUAUCACCAACUUUGGGUUGCUGAGUGGAUUGCCAUCCGUGUAUAUAAAACUUGGUUCUCAUUGAAAUCUGUUAAUUCUAUUUUUUGAACACUUAUGAAUAACCACGUAUCUUCAGCACCAUCUACCAUGAAGCUAAAACAAACCAUCAACCCCAUACUUUUAUAUUUCAUACAUUUUAUAAUAUCACUCUACACUAUUUUAACGUACAUCCCAUUUUAUUUUUUGUGUGAGUCAAAACAAGAGAAACCAAACCAAAUUAAAGCAAAGCCUGUCAGUUCAAAACCGGACUCUGCAUACAGGUCUAUCAACAGUGUGGAUGGCUUGGCUUCAGUAUUGUAUCCUGGCUGUGAUACACUUGAUAAAGUUUUUAUGUAUGCAAAAAACAAAUUUAAGGACAAAAGACUAUUGGGAACACGUGAGAUUUUGAAUGAGGAAGAUGAAAUACAACCAAAUGGAAAAGUUUUUAAAAAGGUUAUUCUGGGGCACUAUAAUUGGCUUUCCUAUGAAGAUGUCUUCAUUCGAGCCCUUGACUUUGGAAAUGGGUUACAAAUGUUGGGUCAGAAACCGAAGGCCAACAUCGCCAUCUUCUGUGAGACCAGGGCUGAGUGGAUGAUUGCUGCGCAGGCGUGUUUUAUGUAUAACUUCCAGCUUGUUACACUAUAUGCUACUCUGGGAGGUCCUGCCAUUGUUCAUGGACUGAAUGAGACAGAGGUGACCAACAUCAUUACUAGCAAAGAACUCUUGCAAACUAAGCUGAAGGAUAUAGUCUCUUUGGUCCCCCGUCUGCGGCAUAUCAUUACUGUUGAUGGGAAGCCUCCAACCUGGUCUGAGUUCCCCAAGGGCGUCAUUGUACACACCAUGGCUGCAGUGCAGGCUCUAGGAGUAAAGGCCGACGUGGAAAAGAAAGCUCACAGCAAACCACUGCCCUCAGAUAUUGCAGUAAUCAUGUAUACAAGUGGGUCCACAGGAAUUCCAAAGGGAGUCAUGAUCUCACACAGCAACAUCAUUGCAUCUAUAACGGGGAUGGCAAGAAGGAUUCCAAGAUUGGGAGAGGAGGAUGUAUAUAUUGGAUAUUUGCCCCUGGCACAUGUUCUAGAAUUAAGUGCUGAGCUUGUGUGUCUUUCUCAUGGAUGUCGAAUUGGCUACUCUUCACCACAGACAUUAGCAGAUCAGUCUUCAAAAAUAAAAAAAGGAAGCAAAGGAGACACAUCCAUGUUGAAGCCAACACUGAUGGCAGCUGUUCCGGAAAUCAUGGAUCGGAUCUACAAGAAUGUCAUGAAUAAAGUGAAUGAAAUGAGUGCUUUCCAACGAAACUUGUUUAUUUUGGCAUAUAAUUAUAAGAUGGAACAGAUUUCAAAAGGAUGUAGUACUCCACUGUGUGACCGCUUUGUUUUCCGGAAUGUCCGAAGGCUGCUGGGUGGAAAUAUUCGCCUUUUAUUAUGUGGUGGUGCUCCACUUUCUGCCACAACGCAGCGAUUCAUGAACAUCUGUUUCUGCUGUCCCGUUGGUCAGGGGUAUGGACUCACAGAAUCUACUGGGGCUGGAACGAUUACGGAAGUGUGGGACUACAAUACCGGCAGAGUGGGAGCACCAUUAGUUUGCUGUGAAAUCAAAUUAAAGAACUGGGAGGAAGGUGGCUAUUUUAAUACUGACAAACCACAUCCCAGAGGUGAAAUUCUUAUUGGUGGCCAAAAUGUGACAAUGGGGUACUACAAAAACGAAGCAAAAACAAAGACGGAUUUCUUUGAAGAUGAGAAUGGACAGCGGUGGCUGUGCACUGGAGACAUCGGAGAGUUUGACCCUGAUGGCUGUCUGAAGAUCAUUGAUCGUAAAAAAGACCUUGUGAAACUACAGGCAGGAGAGUAUGUUUCUCUUGGCAAAGUAGAGGCAGCUUUGAAGAACCUCCCACUGAUAGAUAACAUUUGUGCAUAUGCAAACAGUUACCAUUCUUAUGUAAUUGGAUUUGUUGUGCCAAAUCAAAAGGAACUUACAGAGCUAGCUAGAACGAAAGGAUUUAAAGGAACUUGGGAAGAGCUGUGUAACAGCAGCGAGAUGGAGAACGAGGUCCUUAAAGUGCUCUCUGAAGCUGCUAUUUCAGCAAGUCUGGAAAAGUUCGAAAUUCCCCUGAAAAUUUGUUUGAGCCCUGACCCAUGGACUCCUGAAACUGGUCUGGUGACGGAUGCCUUCAAGUUGAAACGUAAAGAGCUUAAAACACACUACCAGGCAGACAUUGAGCGGAUGUAUGGAAGAAAAUAAUUAGUCUUGGUUUGCUGCAGUGAGCUCAGAUCAAAUAGGAAAAUACUUGAAAUGUAUGUCUCAGGCAGAGGCAAACUCCAUUCCUCAUAUUAAACCCCGGCUGUUACUUCUCACUACGUCACCAUUUUUCACUGACAGGAUUAGUAAACUAUUAAGACAGCAAACUCAUUUGUGUUGUCUCUGUUUCUUCCCCUCCUCCAGUUUGCUUUGACAUCUAUGACUAUGUUUGUCAAUAGGAGACUUUUUCAGAAUCAUACUGGGGAAGCAGUGAUUUUAAAACCUCAAGUUUUUAAACAUGAUUUAUAUGUUCUGUACAAUUGUUCAGUUUGUAACUUUUUAAAGUUUGGAUGUAUAGAAGGAUAAAUAGGAAAUAUAAAAAUUGGUUAUUUGGGGUUUUUUUUACUUAUUGUAUUUAAAAAUAAAAGGGUAUCAGUGUGAAAUUAUGUAAAUUUUAAAUGCUUAUGAAUCAAGUCAUUGUUGAACAAAAGAUUUGUUGCUGUAUAAUUAUUGUCUUGUAUGCAUUUGAGAAAAAUAAAUAUACUCAGACUUACGUUUUAAGAAAUUGAAACCUUG